AGCUGAUUGAUCUGUUAGUGAUAUGAAUAACAAAUAAAGAUAAAUAAUCCUUUAUUAAGAAAAAAAAACAAAAUAAAGUUAAUCAUUUACGAUGGAUAAUGAUACGAUAAACUUAGGGUUAAAGAAGUACUUCAAUUUUGAAAAAUUCAAAUCUCCACUGCAAGAACAGGCUGUCAGAGAAAUUUGCCAAAGAAAACAUGAUGUUUAUGUCUCAAUGCCCACAGGCUCCGGUAAAUCCUUAUGUUAUCAAUUACCUGCAGUACUUAGAGAUUCUAUGAUCACUAUUGUCUUUUCCCCUCUGCUAGCUUUAAUUAAGGAUCAAAUAGAUACCCUGAUAUCUCUCAAAAUAAGAGCAGCUUCUCUUAACUCCAAAAUAACCAAAACAGAAAGGGAAAGACUUAUUGCUGAUUUAAAAUCUACCUCGCCAGUCACCCGCUUGCUAUAUAUUACACCAGAGCAAGCAGCCACUAAAACUUUUAAGGAGUUAUUUGAUAACCUGGUGAGAUUUAAUAAGAUCUCUUACAUUGUUGUUGAUGAGGCCCAUUGUGUAAGUGAAUGGGGUCACGAUUUCAGGCCUGACUAUUUAAAACUAGGAAAUUUACGGGAAAAUAAUUCUAUCCCUUGUAUUGCAUUGACUGCAACUGCAGGAAAACAAGUAACCCAAGAUAUCAUUGCUAGCCUAAAACUAGCAAAGGACCACAAAGUUUUCAAAACCUCCUGCUUCCGAAGCAACUUGUUCUAUGACGUAUAUUUCCCAAAUAUUCUUCCAGACCCAUACAAACACUUGAAAAACUUCAUAUCAGACUGUUUGCAAUUUGAACAAGAAAAAGACCUACCCAAUGACCAAAAAUCCUGUGGGAUAAUUUACUGUCGAACUAGAGAACAGACCGAGGUCUUAGCCUCCAAAUUGAACACAAUGAAAAUCAAAACUUUGUGCUAUCAUGCAGGUCUGAAAAAUCAUGAGAGAUUAGAGUUUCAGGAAAUGUGGCAGCGCGGGGAUGUUCCGGUCAUUUGUGCAACCAUUAGUUUUGGUAUGGGGGUAGAUAAGGCUACUGUAAGAUUCGUAAUUCACUGGGGUGUCCCAAAAGAUCCCGCAUCGUUUUACCAAGAGUCCGGCAGGGCUGGAAGAGAUGGAAAACCCUCUUGGUGUCGGGUGUAUUAUAACAGAUCGGACUCGAAAGCAGUCGAGUUUCAUUUGACGCAAGAUUUAGGAAAGGCCAGUGGUAAAGAGGCUAAAAAAUUGAUGGUAGAACAUGCCGCGAAAGGAUUUAAGAAAGUUUUGGAAUUUUGUGAGAGUCCAUCGGAAUGCAGACACAUAUUAUUUUCCAAGCACUUCGGUGAACCACCGCCCAAAUGUCGUAAAAAUUGCGACUGGUGUAAAGACAAAAAGGCGGUCAAAGAGAUGGUUGAAACAUUUUUGGUAAAAAGUGUUCAAUAUAAUAGCCAUAUCAGCUCUUAUAACCAUAUGGACUAUGGAGACUUAUAUGGGGAGGGUCGAAAAGGAAUAACUGAUGAGUCAAAAGAAAGAGGAGGAGAAGCCGAUAGCGACGACAGCGACGGAGGUCAAGCGGCAUUCGAAAGGGAACAACAAGCGAAACAAGAAACCUCCGAUUUUAUUAAGAAACAAUUCGCACUAAGGAAAAAUCCUCAGGAAGUCUCUCAUGAAACGAUAGAAAAACUAUUCUCGAAACAUGCCAGGGUAAAAGCGGCAGCAUCCACCUCAAGUAAAGUUAAAGGAUUAACUUUGGGAACCAGGGAGCAGUAUUUGUCGAAAAUCGUGGACACCUUGUAUGCUAAUUAUACUGAAUGCGCGACGAACCAAACUUUGGAUAAAAAGGACGUUGAAGAUUGCAGUGUGGAUCUCGAAUAUGAUAUUUUUACUGCCACCACCACGAUGACUAUGUACAGAAAUGGCUUUGCACGACUGAUAUCUAAUAUCAAGAAAAGCACGAGUGACAAGAUUGUGUAUGAAAAACUAGUGAAUUUCACUCCAAAACCUGCAAAACACGAAACGUUAACCGACCUAUUUAGGAACAUACAAAAGGAACAACAAAUAAAAAAGAAGGAAGAUCAUAAACCAAGGGAGGGCUUUAAAACAGCUGGGGAACUCCUAAAGGAAGAAAGUUUAAAUGUGUUUUCUAGUGAAAAAGACAUUUGUGAAAAUGGUGCAGACAAAAAUGAUAUCAAAAUAACCAAUACAAGUUUAAGCAAAGCAUUUAAGACAGCAAAUGAGCUAUUAAAUGAGCAACAAACUAAGGACAAUCAGGUGAAAAUAACUCAGUUUCUUAAUAAUUCAACCGAAAUGAGCAAAUCAGCAAACUUAACAUCACUAUUUGGAGAUUCUGAUGAUGAGUUAAAAAGUGACAAGAGGAAAUCCGACAAUUUAGAUCGAAGCAGAGAUAAGUCCAGAGACAGAUCGAGAGAUAGAUCAAGUAGCUCAAAGAAAAAGGACAGGUAUGACAGACAUAGAGAUAGAAGUAGAAGUAGAGAUAGGGUUAGGAGAGAUAAGUCUCGUGACAGAUCAAGGGAUAGAUAUAAGAGAGAUAGGAGUCCUGACCGAAGAAAAAAAGAUAGUGACAGAAAGAGGAGGCACAGCUCGGAAAAAGAACGAGAUAGAGAUGAUGACAGGAGGAGGAGAAAAGAUGAGAGGGAAAAAGACAAUCGAAAAUCAAAAGAAAAUGGCAAUAGCGGCAGUAAAAAUGGCCGCCUAGAAGUGACCUUUAACUCAGAAACUGAGAUGUUAGAAUUAACCCCCACAACGCAAGCCAAACGGCGAAAACCCACUGAAAACCAGGAGGAGCAACAGAACAUCGAAAAAGACCACAAAAACGUCGAAAGAUUAUACGAUGAAAUCCUGGAGCUUGAAGAGGGCGAAAUCGACGAGACCACCCAAAAUGAACCGGUAAAUUCACCGCCUUCGCCGACCCCAUCGCCAUCGCCAAGGCACGAAGUCGAUAUGGAAAUCGAUCGUGGAGAAUCUGAUGAUGAUCAAAAAGAGAAGAAUGGCAUUCCCGCUAAUUUAAGCCAGUUAAGUUCUUCGAUUUUGAUAGAUAGCAAAAUACCCGAUUUGAUAGCGCGUUUAACGGAGAAACUCGAGGGAACUUCAAAAAUCGAAGUACCAAAUGUCUCUCAUUCAACACCACCGGUCCAAUUACCGACGCCCGUGCCCGCCGAGGUAGUGGACCCACCAAAAACUGAACUGAAAAUCAAUGAUGUCAGUGUUUCGAAGCAAAACGGUGAGAGCAGCAGUAGCGGGAAAUCGGAAGUGAAAAAGCCAAAAGGAAGACUGAAGAAGACGGAAAUCGGUCUGUUGGUGGUGAAACUGUUGACUCCAGCUUAUGUUGAUAAGAGGUUCGAGUCUAGGGAAGUGUUUAAGGUUAUGGCGAGGAAAAUAUCGCAUUCGCUCGCAGAUAAAGAUGAGGACGACAUCAAGGAAUACGUCAAAAGAUUCCUGAAUCGAAACCUGGAAAUCACCUCUAAGACACCAAUAUAGUUUACGGUUAUUUACUUAAGUGACUAUCGUAGAUCUGUAAUAAUAAUUUAGGGAUAUUAUUAUUGUCAAUCGUGAUUGCCUAAGGUUAUGUUCCUCAAUAUGAUUGAUUUUUAAAAUUGAAUUUUAUACACAAUAUAGUGUAAACUAUUAUUUAAAAAUAACUUUUCCACAUGUUUUAAAAAAAAUAGCUCAAAUUUAAUUUUCAAAGAGGCAUGAUUUAAUUUUGUGGUUGAAACGAAUUGAAAAUAUGUAUAUAGAGUGAAGUGAUAUAGGUAGCGUGAAUUUUGGGGUUAUAGUUGUAUUACAUAUUUUAAAGCAUAUUUAUAUAACAGUAUAUAUAGAGUGUAUUUCAGACUAUCUUACCUUUUUUUGUAAAUACAAUAUCUAUUUAAGUUAGCACAUGAGGAUUUAGAGGAGCUAUUUUAAUUUAAGUACUUUGUUUUAGGGCUUUAUUUUGUCAGGUUUUUUUUUGUAUAUAGUGAUUUGUUUGCUGUUAAAAUAUACAUUUAAUAAUAUAAUGCAAUAUUUGUUUUAAUAGGUAAGUAACAAUAAUUAGACAGUUAUCAAGAA